CCGGUCCGUCCGGGCGGGGCUGAGCUAGACUGAGCGGAGCUCCAUGAUCUUUGGACUGAGCUGAUGCGGGCUGAUCCGGGCCUGGCUCCGCACCCUCGCCCGCGGACGUCUGUCUCCCUGCGGCCAGUUGUUGUCGGGGCGCCGCGUGUGUUUCCGGGUUAGCCGGAUGCCCGGCAUUAUUGUUUCGUGACCGGAGUGGAGAAGGCACCGACGAGUGAGAUUAGCACCAACUCCCGGGGUCGGUCGGUGGGGAGGCUGCCCGUCUGUCUGUCCGGCCGGACGGCCAUGGGGGCAGAGAGCAGCGCGGCGAGGAGCUGCCGAAUGGACGGGCCGCCUGUCACCCUGCCCGGUGGCCUCAGCGUUUACCGGGCAACACUGGAGGAGGAACAACUGGUGUCCGUGUUCGUGUACCAGCGGGGCAACGAGGAAGCCGUCAACAAGGCCGCCCAGCAUCUGAAAACCUUGCGUCACCCAUGCCUGCUGAGGUUCUUAUCGAGUACCGUUGAAGUUGAUGGAAUCCACCUCGUUACUGAGCGUGUGCAGCCAUUGCAUAUGGUCCUGGAAGAUAUCUCAGCAGAUGAGAUCUGUGCUGGAAUUUUUGACAUCCUCCAAGCACUUAUCUUCCUGCAUGACAGGGGUAAACUGAGCCACAAUAAUAUAUGUGUUUCGUCUGUGUUCGUGAGCGAGGAUGGUCACUGGAAGCUGGGAGGAAUGGAGAUGAUGUGUCAUUUCUCACAAGCAUCAUCUCAGUUCCUGUCGAAUAUUAAGUCAUUGAGAGAUUUGAGUGGAAUUUCUCCAGAGGAACAGUCCUCAGGUUUUCAGUUUCUUCCUGAAUCGCAUGGACAUGCACGAGAUGGUUACUCAUUUGGGACGAUGAUUGCAAAAUUUCUUCCUUUGCUAAAUGAAAUGGUUGCAGAACAUGUACUAACAAAAUUCCAGGAAACCUUAAAUGCUACUCUUCUUAACCCAGACCCUAUGCAACGGCCAUCUUUACAUAGCUUAUUAUCUCAUGAUUUUUUCAGCAGGAAUGACUUCUUGGACGUUGUAAAUUUUUUACAAAGUUUGACACUGAAAACAGAGGAAGAAAAGAAUGAGUUUUUCAAGUUCCUCUUGGAUCGAGUCCAGGCCUUGCCUGAAAGUCUUAUGGCCUCUCGCCUAGUGCCACAAUUGCUAACUCCACUGGUGUUCGCAGAACCAGUGGCGAUCAAAAACUUUCUUCCUCAUCUACUCAGGCCAAAGACAGAUGCAUCUGGUGAUGAAUUCAAUUGCCUUCUGUCGCCCAAUGUCUUUCGAGAGCAUGUGAUCCCUAUUCUAUUGAAACUCUAUAGCAUACGGGAGGAGCACGUGCGGAUGGUGCUGUUGGCUCACCUCAACACUUAUGCAGCUCUUUUUUCACUGGAAGACCUACAGAACAUCAUUCUUCCACAGAUAUUGCUAGGACUAAGAGAUACCAGCAACACACUGGUAUCAGGAACACUUUCAAGUCUAGCAGUAUUGGUGCCACUUCUAGGAGCUGAGGUGGUAGUUGGAGGUGAAAGAGCAAAGAUCUUCAAACGUGCAACACCGAACUUCAAAUCAACUGAGAUCACCCCUGAAGGGUCUCCUGCACAUAUCGUGAACAGUAGUGAACAUCUCAGUUCUUUGGCUGUAAACAAUUCUUUCAAACUGCUCUCAAAGAACACUGAACCUGAGAAGAUGCUCAUAAGUGGGACGGAGAAAACAAGAACAAACCUCACUCAAAAUUCCCAGCCCGCAAGGUUUCAAAUACUGACAAAACAAGCCCAACAUAAAGGACAAACAGCCAUAAUCUCCAUGAACGGUAUUCACGGAAAUGAUAUUUUGGGUGUUGACAGCACACACAAAUCAAUGCUGAUGCACAAAUCCGCUGACGAUUGGCCAGAUUGGAGCAAAUCGGACAAUGAAAUUCUGCUUGAGCCUAAAAAGGAUUGCAUCCUUGCAGGAAACACCAAAUUUGGGGAUGUUACAGUUGAUAAUGAACCAUGGGAUGACUUUGAACCUGAUGAACAUGCUCCUUGUGAAAAUACAACACAACAGGCAGUUAAACCACAUGCAUCUCUUUUUGAGAAUAAGCCUCAAUCUAAGAGCAUGAAACUUUCUACACCACUGAAAACGCACUCGGAGAUGUCUUGUGAAAGUUGGAAGAAUAACUGCAACCAGCAGAAAAUGUCAGUAAAGGAAAAUAGGAAAACAAAUUCUAUCGCACAGAUGUCCUCCUGGCAGAAAUCCUCAAUAAAGAAAACAUUUUUGAAUGAUGAACUUGGAGAGGAAUUCACAAUUAGUGUCAAGAAAAGACCAGAGAGAGACCCUGAACUAGAUCUCUUUGCUGAUAUGAUACCAGACAUUAAACUCUCAUCCAGAGGCAUGUUAGUGCCAACACAGGGAACAGAAUCAGUUGAUUCCGCCAAAGAAACUGAAGUAGCUGCAAGGGGAACAGAGAAGACAUUGACCGCAAGAGACAAUUCACAAACUUUAGCACUUGCAUCAAAGUUUGCUGCAACAGACACUAUUGAGAUGGAAACUGAAGGUUGGGAUGAUGACCUGAACUGGGAGGACAAUACCUGGUAGAAGAAUCAUCUUCCUAGCUGAAGAUCGUAUUUGGAUUCACAAAUCUCCCUUCCCUUUGUCCUAAUAUCUUUUGAUCGCACCUUUAAGACUUUGCCAAUCAGCUAGGCUUAUGUUCCGUGCCGUAAACAUCCAGUGCAGCUUACUGGAAUGAAGAGUGGAAUUUGAAUAUACCUAGAAAUAUCUAAAAUAUCUAGAGCAUAUCUAGAUAAAAUAUGCAGCAGCAUCUGCUUAGUGUUUACUGUGAUAAGUUACCUUACAGAUGUUUACAAGUACCUUAAAUGCUUUACUUAGAUAUUGACUCUUGUGACGAUGUUUUAUUUAAAUAUUAUAUGGGAGGGGUAAAGAAAAUGUUCAGGUGCUUUCUGUCUGGCCUAUAUUUCCACCUGCAGAAAAUUCCAAUCAAUUGACCCAAUGUUCAGUUCUGAACUUGUGUGAAGUGGUGAUAAUUACAAUUUAUUGUAUAUCUGCAUUUCAGGAUAAAUAUACAAUUAAGCUGGAACCCAUCCCACUUGAUGUGGGAAUAAAAGAGAAAUUCCCUGGAGGAGUUUCUCAUUCGGAUGUCAUAUUGGUUAGAGUUGAUAUGAAGGUGAAGCCACUAUUGCUAGAUACCAAACCAGGAGGUCUGUGAAAAGUCAUUUCUCUCUUUCUCCCCUCCCCUCCAGCCUUAACAACACAUUCGCCAAGGUGGAGCAAAACCUGCAUUAGGAACUCCACAUUAUUACAACUGUUAUUGAAAGUAUUUGAAAUCUAGUUCCUGUAAAAUGAAUGUUUUUAAGUUGCAAUGUAAGCAAGUUCAAGCUCAUGUUUAAGAAAGAAAAUUUAAAUGUUGAAAGAUAAAUUUGUAAUCAUGGUGUUGUUGCAGCAAGGCCAAAACUCCCCCCCCACCCACACAGCAAACAUCACUAAUGAAACGCGGAAAUAAAUCCUGUGGUAAUACGAUUCAGUCAAAAUUAAAAUUAUAAAAGCACAUGUCCUUCUGGACAUCAGGACGCUGCCAGAAACCUACAGAUUUUUACAUGUUCACUUGAGGCCCAUUUACAUGCUUAAAUGCCAAAUAGAAAUUGUAACUAAACCAAGGGCUUAACCUGCUUCCCAUUUUUCAUAUUAGAGUGCUGACACAUUGGAGAUCUUAAUUAAACGUUGUUCUAUAAAUGCAAUUAUUUAAUUUGGUUGAUUUACACUGAGCAAAUAAAUUGUUCCAAAUGAA